AUGGAAUCAGUCGUUGAUGUGCUGACACAAGGAAUCAACAGCCUCAUCAUGUACACUCAACAACAGGAGCAAAGGCGACAAGAAACCGACAACCGAUUGGCAAUGCUACUUGAAACUGGCGCAAGUGCAUUGAGAGGCAAUGACAAUGACAGCAACAUGCAAGACGAAUUGAUGGCUCUCUUAGAACAACAACAGAAUCCUACACAACCAUACAUGGUGGAUGACGAAUAUCUAGUCCCACCAAUGGAUUUCGAGAACGCUUUGGAAGACGCUGGAAGGGUCAACAAUGCAGAGGAAGUGGCAGCUGGCGCUCUGCUUCAAGUUGGUGUUAGGAGCCCUACUAUGGUUCAAGUUGGGGGAGCACCAACUCACAACGGCUUAACAGAGGAGGAAAUACGUCUUGGAGCCCUGAUUGGAAUUACCAAGCCAAACAAAGCAUUCUUUCUACGACCGAAGCACCAAACGCUCUCUGAGCUGUACAACGAGUGGACUGGAAUCGGCAGCAACCACCAAGAUGCCCUUGGUGGAGUAGAAGGACGUGAGACGCACUGGAAAAACAAGUGGCAAAAACAUUGGAGCAAGGCGCAAACAGCACACUUCUCUCGCACUGCUGGUGUGGUGAGUGGCAUUCGAGCAUACGCAAAGGAGCAGAAUCUGGACCCAAUUGAUGCUUGUGCCAUCCUUCAAGACGAAUACAAAGAGUGCAAGAUGUCUGUCGGGAACAUGAAGGUCUGGUUUCAGAACCAGGGUUUGGUGGAAAAGGGAAAGUCUCGUGGUCGAUCUAAAACGUAG